AUGCUAGGAGUAUCCCGUUUCACGCAAGUGAAGGACGGGAUUCGAAGUUCUCUCCUACGUCAGCGAUCGAAGAUUAGAGACGCCGCCGCGUUUGCCAAGGAAAGUAAAAUAAGGUGGGCCGGACACGUGAUGCGCUUUAACGACCACCCUUGGACCAGAGCCGUGAGCGACUGGGUUCCCCGCGAUAUUAAGCGCACUACAGGAAGACCGCCGAUCCGAUGGUCAGAUUUCUUCACGAAGUCCUUCAAAGAAAAAUAUGACGCUCUUCGUGUCCCACGCGAAAGGAGGAACCACUGGGCUACUCUGGCACGCGAUCGGGACAAAUGGAAGAAUUACUGGCGCCCGCUCGACCAGUUCGAAGAUCAACGGGAGUCAAGGUGA